AUGGAUUCCCGGCUGCUGAUUGGACCGGGGAUGCCCACACCGGACCCGACAGCCCGGACACCCUGGAACAUCAGCUCCAUCAGUCCCCACAGGCUCAUGGAGCUGUCUCCAGUCGCUACGUCUAGUCCCAUUGUUCCAAGCCACCCAUUUCCAACAGUAGACGUCCCAGACCACGCUCACUAUACAAUUGGUGUUGUCAUCCUGGCCGUGGGCAUCACUGGCAUGCUGGGAAACUUCCUGGUCAUAUAUGCUUUCUGCAGGAGCCGGAGCUUGCGCACACCCUCCAACAUUUUCAUCAUUAACCUGGCAGUCACAGACUUCUUUAUGUGUCUUACUCAGACACCCACCUUCUUCAUCAACAGCAUGCACAAGCGAUGGAUCUUUGGAAAGAAAGGUUGUGAGGUAUAUGCAUUCUGCGGAGCACUGUUUGGUAUCUGUAGUAUGAUUACACUAAUGGUGAUUGCGGUGGACCGGUACAUGGUGAUCACCAGGCCUCUGGCCUCCUUGGGGGAGAUGUCUCGCAGGAAAGCCCUGAGCAUCGUGGGUGCUGCCUGGUUCUACUCCAUGGGCUGGAGCCUACCCCCCUUCUUUGGCUGGAGUGCCUAUGUCCCAGAGGGUCUGAUGACGUCUUGUUCCUGGGACUACAUGACAUUUACCCCUUCUGUCCGCUCCUACACCAUGCUGCUCUUUACCUUUGUCUUCUUCAUCCCUCUCGCCAUCAUCAUCUUUAGCUACUGCUGCAUCUUCAGAGCCAUCCGACACACAACACGAGCGAUAACAAAGAUCAAAUGUGAGGGAACAAGAAACUCUGCCAAGAGAUUCCGUAAGAUGAAGAGUGAGUGGAAGAUGGCCAAGAUCGCACUUAUUGUCAUCCUACUAUAUGUCAUCUCCUGGGCCCCUUACUCCUGUGCAGCCCUCACUGCAUUCGCUGGGUACGCUCACAUGUUGACUCCAUAUAUGAACUCUGUUCCUGCUGUGAUCGCCAAAGCAUCUGCUAUCUACAACCCCAUUGUAUAUGCCAUAACACACCCCAAAUACAGGUCAGCACUCACCAAGUACAUUCCCUACCUCGGGGUAUUGCUGUGCGUUACUGGAAGAGACCGUUUCAGCAGCAGCAGUCUCCAGUCCACCCGCCGAUCAACCCUCACCAGCCAAUCAGAGAGCAAAUGCCCCAGCAGACCGCACAACUCCUCCCUUUCUGACAGCGAAUCAGCUCGCUUCUCAGACACGGAGGAGGAUUGCUCAUCUCAGAUGCCUGCCAGUCGUCAAUUGUCCAGUGAUGUCAAACAGGUGCGUCAUGCCAGCCAGAGGUCAAAGGUGAGAGGCCACAACACAAGAGAGUUUGAGAGAACUGCCACCCACAUCCCCACUGACCCGGCCAUAUGUCUCCUCUCACAAAUUACAACUCAGACAGAGCCUGAAGACAUCUCCAUGUCGGCCAUCAAUCUGCAGCCAACCAGUCAUCUGCCUGCUACUCUGGAGAACGUGAUGGAGGAGUCGGGGCUAAGGACUACCUGUAAGACAACGUCAUCUGUCAUUGUCACCUCCAUAUCCAGCCCAUCUAUAAUGCAUAGUCCCCCAGGUUUCCAUGGCAGCCUCAAAUUGACCAAAACUUACAGUCCAGUUACCAAGGAGCCCCUUGACAUAGCCAGACUGGAGACAACAGCAUUACAAUGAACAGUAUGUGCGAGUGUGCGAGUGUGUGUGUGUGUGUGUGUGUGUGUGCGCACACAUUUAUGUGUGUUACUUAUUCUGACAUAUGGUGGUUGGAGAUUUUACCUCAGAGCCAGGAGUAGCAAAUUAGCCUUAAAACACAAUGUCAAAAGUUCUGUCUCUAGGGUUGGUUAUAUUUGAAUAUAAAAUAUAAUUCUUCUUUAUCUUGCCUUACAGAAGUUGAACAAAUAAUUUUUUUCCUCGAGUGUAGUUUGAUACAAUUAGCUUACUGUGGGCCAUUAU